AUGAGUGAAAACUUUGACACUGUGGCCAUAGGCCGAAUUGAAGAGGCAACGCCUAUCAUCUCCGGUAGCCUUCAAGGAAUGGAGGCAAAAAGCGGCCUAGUCUCUGUUUCAUCUCACGACACCACAGAGACGGAUACCAUGUCAGAAGGUAUCACAUCAGCAGACUCAACUUCAGAAGACCUUGAGCUCGGAAGCACUGAUGUCAAAAAUGCAUUCAUUGUCAAGUUUCCUCAAUACUGCCUCGACGAUAUUGAAGAUGUCUAUCCCUGCACACCUCUUCAAGAGGGCAUUUUGACGAGUCAGAUGCAAGGCACCGAGGACUACAUUAUUCGUGCCACAAUGACAUUGCAUUCAGUAAAUGGCGCCACUUUUGAUUUGGAGCGUCUCCAAAAAUCUUGGGACAGUAUCGUCCGACAGUCUACGGCUCUACGAACAGUCUUUGUUCAAUCAACAUCGGGAGAUGGGUCAUUUCAUCAGAUUAUUUUGAGAAAUGUGCCUACGGGAAUUCAACAAACCCAAGCCGAGACUCUCAACGAUAUCGCCAUGAGGGAGCCAUCAUGGGAAGAUGGUCGUAUUGCCCCUCACUGCUUAAUAUUCUGCAGGCCGUCAAACGGGCCAGACGGUCUUAGGAUUGAACUACACCAUGGCGUUUCUGACGCCAUUUCUAGCAUGAAAAUCCUUCAUGAGCUUAUGCGUCUCUACGAUGAUCCAACUCGCCAACUUAUGGGGGUUCCUUUCCGUAGCUUUGUGCAACACCUCCAGAGCAACUCUGAGGAAGAAAAGCUGAAAUAUUGGCAAACGUUUCUGGAGGGCUCCCAGCCAUCCAUGUUUCCCAAACUUCGCGUCAAUAGUACGGAUGGAGGACUGCCACAGCGAUGUCGCCGACAAGUGAAGCUUAACCGCGAUGGUAUUCUGGAUAUGGUGAAAAGUUCAAAAGUUAGCUAUUCCAUGCUCUUCCAUGCUGCCUGGUCAGUACUACUACGGGCCUAUCUGGGAAGAGACGAUGUAGCUUUUGGCUACAUCUCCUCAGGCCGUCAUAAUGUGCCGUUGCCAGAAAUCCAGGAGGCACUUGGCACGUAUAUCAGCAUGAUGGUAGCCCGAGCUCGAAUGGACGAAUCUACUACUCUGGUAGACCUUGCAAGCCAGCUCCGAAAGAACAUUGCCAAUUCUUUGCCUCAUGAGCAAUGCUCACUGGCAUCAAUUCAGCGCAGAAUGCAAAUCAACGGCGGAUUCUUCAACACGUUGGUUGACGUCCAAAGGCGACCAAAGCUUCGGCGCACAUCCGAUGAGAUUAGCUUGAAUCUUACCCAUGUGCACACCGUUGCCGAAUACGACAUUGUUGUCAACAUCGAGGAUACUGGCGACGACUUGCUUUUCGGGCUUGACUACAAAUCCAAUCUCCUUGGAGAAGCCGAUGCCGAAAACCUCAUCAGUUGCUUCACAUCGAUAAUUGAUCAAAUUUUGCAGAACCCCCAUCGCAGGAUAACGGAAUUGGAUUUAUUCACAGAGGACCACCGCAACCAACUCUUACAGUGGAACCAGGAUCAACUUCCAGUAAGCGAUGCAUGUGCCCAUGACCUCUUUGAGGCCGAGGCUGCUCUUCACCCCGAGAAAAUUGCCGUCUGCUCGCUCGACAUCAACUUUACCUACGCGCAGUUAAGUACACUGAGCACACGAUUAGCCACGCACUUGAGAUCUUUAGGCGCAGGCCCAGGUGUUAUAAUCCCGCUGUGCAUGGAAAAGUCGGUUUGGGCAAUUGUCUCCAUGUUGAGUGUCUUGAAAGCUGGCGCCGCCUUCGUUCCCCUGGAUCCUGCUUCACCCGCCAGUCGCAUCGAAGGCAUUCUUGAGGAUACAAAAGCCAAGAUUGUCAUAACCUCCACUUCUACUUCACAAAAGAUGAGCCAGAUACAGGGAAACCAACAUGUCGUCGUCGUCAACGAGGCAUUUGUCGCAGCUCUUGAAAAGAACGGGGAUGUCGCCAGCACAAGUCUCAGAACUCAUCCAUCCGCGCAAUCUCAAGAUACAGCAUAUGUUCUCUUUACUUCAGGAUCUACAGGCAAGCCGAAAGGUGUCGUAGUUCCUCACCAAUCCCUCUGUUGCAGUAUGUAUGCCCACGGACCGGCGACAGGCAUCGACGAAAAUACCAGAGCACUUCAAUUUGGUGCCUAUACAUUUGACUCCGUCAUUGCCGAAAUCUUCACUGUACUUGUACACGGUGGAUGUGUUUGCGUUCCUUCCGAUGAAGACCGUAUGAACAACUUGGCAAGCUUCAUUGAACGCGUUGGUGUCAAUUGGGUUAUGUUAACGCCGACAUUCGUCCGAACGCUGGACCCCAAUUCAAUCCCUGGAGUUCACACUUUGGUGCUCAUUGGCGAGGCGGUUGACAAAGACUGCGUGGAUACGUGGCUUGGAAAAGUUAGACUAUUCAACGGUUACGGACCUACAGAGACGACUGUCAUUUGCGUCGCCUGCCAGUUUCCUCAGACUUAUGAGCCCGACCCAACCGUCAUUGGUAAACCAGUUGGGUGCAGAGCUUGGGUUGUAGAUCCUGUCAACCACGAUAUUCUCUCACCAAUUGGGGCUGUUGGAGAACUCGUUAUAGAAGGGCCCAAUAUUACAAAUGGGUAUUUGGGGGAUGCCGACAAGACAUCAAAGUCCUUCAUCUCCCAGCCGUCAUGGGCGUCCCGCUUCGCAGGAGCUGCAAAAGAGACCUUUACAUUCUAUAAGACGGGAGAUCUGGUACGACAACUCAGCGAUGGCUCACUCAAAUUUUGCGGCCGUGGAGACAGUCAGGCUAAAGUGAACGGACAAAGACUUGAACUCGGGGAAGUCGAAACUCACCUGUUGAGUGAUGAUUUCACCAUCCAUGCGCUCGCCGAAGUACCCAAAUCUGGCCCUUUCCAGGGUCGUUUGGUUACUGUAUUGUCUCUCAACGGCCUCACAGGACCAAAUGACAUCAAAAACGCUGUUGAGUUGCAACUCGUCAACAGAGGGUGCUGGAAUGCGGCGGCCGAUAUUUGUAUUCGCCUGACGGACAAGCUACACUCAGCGUUGCCAGCAUACAUGGUUCCAACGGUUUGGAUGCCUGUUGAGAAGAUGCCCCUCCUGCCUUCCGGUAAAUUGGACAGACGGCAGAUACGCACUUGGUUAACUGCUGUCGAUGAAGACGUGCUGAAGGACACAAUCGAGUUUCAGACUAGCGGUAUGGAGAGACACACAGACGAUGAGGCGUUCUUUCGAGAAAACGAAAUAGCCCGGCAACUUCGGAAGAUCUGGAGCGAAACCCUCAAUAUUUCGGAAACCAGUAUCGGUGCCUCGAACGCCUUUCUCUCUGUUGGAGGAGACUCUAUUUCGGCAAUGAAAGUCGUUGCAAAGGCUAGAGCUCAAGACGUUUUUGUUACCGUUCAGGAAAUUCUCCAGCACCGCACCAUUUCCGCUUUAAUUGAUCAUCUUCAAACAAAACAGUUGUCUGUUGAAUCUCCGGCUGCUCAAAAACAAAUUGAACAGUCGCAUCAAGAUAUCACUUUUAUGUCAGCUUAUCACCGACAUCAUGCCGACUUUGACUACUGGAACAUGACCGGUCGAUCAAAUUUACAGAGUGAUGCCCUUUCGGCAGCCUUCGAGUUGGAUGCGGAGACGACAUCGGCUCUUCUUGGAACAUCCAACGACGUUCUUCAUACCGAGCCUGCAGAACUUCUGAUGGGCAUUUUACUGCAUGCUUUUAAAGCUACCUUCACCGACCGUGAUUUGCCAACUAUAUUUGUUCAAGAGGAUAGGACAGCGAGACUCAACGACGAUCGCUCUUCUAAAAUAAUCCCUGUAAGUGUUAGCCUUGACGAUUAUGCUGAUAUUUCGCAGACUAUCAGAAAAAUAAAAGAUACUCGACGAAUACUCCUCAAGAGUCUCGAUUAUGGCGCAGGCCUUGCUCAUCACGAUGGCGAUAAGGAAGAGAUGGAGAUACUUUUUAAGUACCGUGGAAUGCUUAGUGAGGACAAGCCAGAGGAGAACAAGAGAUCUGCUACUUUCAGGCAAUCGCUUGUUCAUAUCUCUGUUAUCGUUGAGAGCGACAGGCUUGUAUGCACGCUUGAAUGGUCGCCUGACAUGUCUCAUCAAGAGAAAAUCCGUACCUGGAUCGCAGCAUUCGAGUCUAUGACUCGAGAGUGCACUCGGAUUGGUACGAUAACACCGCUGACAUGCCUCAGCGAUUAUCCACUUCUGCCGUACGACUAUGAGAUUUUGGACAACAUAAUACAGAAAGUUGCACCUCAAUGGAAACUUCUGGGCGUGGAUGAGAUCGAAGACAUUUACCCUUGUUCACCAUGCCAAGAGGGUAUGAUUAUAAGUCAGAUUCGACAUCCCGACAGAAACCUUUACAACCACGAGACUACGUGGAAAGUUGCCUCAUCCGAUGGAAAUUCUGUGGACCCAACCAGACUGGAGGCAGCCUGUCGUAUUGUCAUUCAGCGACACCAAAUAUUGCGAACAGUCUUUUGCGAAGCCGGGGGACAACAUGUACCCUUUGUCCAGGUUGUCUUCAAAGAUGCUGCUUCGCUCAAGAUCCAGGUCUCCAGGUCAGAUCUCCCGGCCUACGACACCGCGAUCCCUGCACCCAAAGUCGUUGAUUCUACUAGGUUUCCCUAUCAUUUGGCUGUUUGCGAGUCUCCUGAUGGAGUUUCUUGCAAAUUCGUCAUCAACCAUGCCUUGCUUGAUGGCUCUUGCUUGAGAGUCUUGAUACGCGAGUUGUCCCUUGUAUACGACCAGAUAUCCCUACCAACGCCACCUCUAUUCAGCAGCUUCAUUAAUUAUCUAUUAACAAACCCGGCCGACGAUUCAUACGCUUAUUGGAAGUCUCGAUUGGAUGGAAUAAGCUCAUCCCAUUUCCCAAGCCUGAAUGACUGCGAUGGAUCCAGCUCUACGCCUGGUAGGCUUGACAUUCCAAUUCCUCACGACCAGGUUGCUUCGCUGCGGAGGUUCUGCAGAGAGCAUGGCGUUACUAUUGCCGCUGUUAUGAACACCGUCUGGGCCCUGGUACUUCAGACCUACAUUGGAAACGAUACAGAGACAGUCUGCUUCGGUUACAUGGCGUCUGGUCGAGAUGUUCCAGUACCUCAUGUCCAUGAACUCAUGGGACCUCUUCUCAACAUGCUAGUCCAAAGAGUCGACAUUCAGCCGUCUACGACAAUCGCCUCUCUUGUUCGCAGUGUUUACGAUGGCAUUGUGGGUAACCUACCGCACCAGAAUUGCUCGUUAGCAAAAAUUCAGAGUAACCUGGGCCUUGGAGGACAAAGUCUCUUCAACACAUUGGUAAAUGUACAAAAGGUCUCUUCGGUAUACGAGACCGACACAUUGCCUGCUAUUAACUGGGAACUUGUUGGAGAGGGAGGUCCGGCUGAGUACGAUGUUAUUUUUGGUGUUGUGGACUCUGAUGAGAGUAUCGUGGCUGAUCUCCUUUUCUGGUCGUCAUGUAUCUCCUCUCAGCAAGCCGUAGAUCUCCGAGCUACUUUGUUACAGACUCUAAGCUCCCUUUUAGAGAGCUCUGGCAAAUCAACGGUCAGCGAGAUUCAGGUAUUUGCGGAAAGCCACGGUCGUCAGCUCCAUUCAUGGAACGCACAUAAUCCCCACGUCGUGGAGUCGUGCUUACAUCAACUAUUCGAAGAGCAAGUUGCUAUCUACCCAGAUGCUGCAGCAAUUAGCACGACAAGCGCAGAAGCAAACUGGACAUAUGCGCAGCUAAACGAUAUUUCGACAAGACUAGCUGUCUAUCUCCAGACGUGUGGAAUUGAAACCGGCAUGGCUUUGCCGUUUUGCUUCGAUAGGUCACCAUGGACUGUUGCUAGCAUGCUUGCCAUUCUCAAAUCUGGAGGGGCUUGUGUUGCUCUUGAUCCGUCCUAUCCAGUUCAACGACUGAAAGACAUCAUCAGAAUAACGGGCGCCAGAAUAAUCGUUUGUGAGGAUAAAUAUACUGAGCUAUUUGAAGGUCUGCCGGACCUAAUGAUAGUUUCAGUCAGCCCAGACCUUUGGGAUCGCAUCCCACAUGUCGACGGGUGCAGCUCAUCAGUUACGCCGAGUGAUCCCGCCUUUGUCAACUUCACUUCUGGAAGUACCGGAGUGCCAAAAGGAAAUAUUCUGGAGCAUAAGUCUAUUGCCUCUGCUCUUUGGCAUCAUCGUGCCAUAGAUCCGCUGGGUAGACAAGCACGGGGUCUGCAUUUUGCGUCCUAUACUUUCGACAUGAGUUUCGCCGAGAUUCUGUUAGUUCUUUGUUCCGGGGGCUGCCUCUGUAUCCCUACCGAAUAUGAACGCCUCAACAGCUUAGCAGCUACGAUCAACAAGCUCGAAGUCAAUUGGGCUUAUCUUACCCCCACCGUUGCGAGUCUUCUUAACCCAUUGGAAGUUCCAACUUUGAAGACUAUUUGCCUUGGCGGAGAACCGGUACUUGAUACCCUCGUGACGAAGUGGAUAAACAAUGCCACAUUGGUCGCGACAUAUGGUCCUUCUGAAUGUUCAAUCGCCAUCUCUCGAUCCGUAGUACGUGGCUUCGGAAACGGACAGCUCGGCCCUGCCUCGGGUGGCCUUCUAUGGGUUGUCCAUCCAGAGGAUCAUAAUAAGCUGGUACCUCUCGGAGCUCCCGGAGAGCUGCUCAUAGAAGGGCCGUUGGUAGGUAGAGAUUACUUGGACGCAACCCUAGCGAAGUCUACUUUCAUUGUGGACCCAGCUUGGACAAAGGGUUUCCCAGUGUCUGGCAUCACACAAGCUGGACGACGCAUGUACAAGACCGGAGACAUUGUCCGUUUCAACAAAGAUGGGUCAAUGACAAUGUUGGGCAGGAAAUCUGAAGAUGCCCAGGCUAAGAUCCACGGACAACGAGUGGAUUUAGGUGAAGUUAGCCACCAUAUAACUGCUAGUGAUAUGGUCAAACAUGCAGCAUGUUUCGUCGCGAAGAAAGGCCUGUUUGCCAACAGAUUGACGGCAAUCAUCUCUUCUAUGGAUCUAGCAGACGCCGUGUUGGGGUCCAGUGACCAGCCCUUGAACCUCCAGGAUGGUCCAGAGGCGCGGCAGAGAAUCUCAGAUCUUCGCCGUUGGCUCGAGGAUCGCGUCCCGAGCUACAUGAUGCCGCGGUCGUGGGUUUUGCUGGAAAAAGUUCCUGUUACGCUGAAUGGUAAAUUGAAUCGCCGUGUUCUCUUCCAAUGGCUUGAAUCUAUCGAUAACGAGACAUACGAGAACAUACUCAUGCUGAACAAUGAUGACGAAACAAAUAUACAAGCUCUAUUAGGCUCCCUUAGCCCUAUGGAAGAGAGCCUGGCCAAAGCGUGGAGCCAUGUUCUCAAUGUUCCAGAGCGGCAGAUUAGUGUCAACCAAAGUUUCUUCAGCCUUGGAGGAGAUUCCAUUUCCGCGAUCAAGGUAUCCUCCAGAUUGCUCAACGAAGAUAUCCAAAUAUCGAUGCAUGACAUUUUACAUUAUCGUACCCUGACCGAAAUCGCCAAGAGAGCAACACGGGCCGGCUCAGCUCCCAGCGGCGUUCAAGCACAAGCUGGUGCAACCGAUUCACCAUUCUCACUGCUAUCGCGGCGGUUAUCUCCUCCACAGUUUGAGAAACUAAUGGCCAAGGUUGCAUCCAAUCUCCAAGAUGUUGGUACAAAUUUGGACAGUGUCGAGGAUAUUUAUCCCUGCUCACCUAUGCAAGAAGGUAUCUUGUUUAGCCGUGCUAGACAGGACGGCCUCUACGAUUUGAUCAAUGAUUUCAAAAUCAUCUCCUGCACAAGCACUGAACCUGUAAGCCUGGAGAGAUUUCGCCGUGCUAUUGACCUUGUCACGUCGCAGCAUCAGUCGCUUCGUUCCUUUUUUGUUGAAGGAGACGAUGUCACCCCGUAUGUGCAAGUGGUUAAGAAAACGGUAGAGGCUCCCGUUGUUUACAUCAGUUCCUCUAACUCACAGGAGCCUUUUAAGGACGUGGUCGUGGAUUCCAUUCCACUGCAUCGGCUUGGCUACCGGUUCAUCCUCUGUCAAGUCUUACCCACGGGAGACGUUUACGGCAGACUUGAGAUUAACCAUGCCUUGAUCGAUGGACAAUCCAUGAAAGUCCUCAUCACAGACCUUCUCUUAGCAUACGAUGAACAGCUACCUCUCUCUCAUAGUCCGCCACUUUACGGAGAUUUCAUCAAGUACCUUGAACAACUCUCGACGGAGAAGUCGCUGGAAUACUGGACUUCCGUUAUUCGAGGCCUUGAACCUUGCAUCUUACCCUCUCUCAACAAUUUGCAAGAUGAAAAUAUGUGCAAUGAAAUUGAUGAAAUCUUGGAUCCGCAUCUUACAGAAUUGAUCUUUCAAUUUUGUAGGAACUAUGACACUACGAUUGCCACUGUGAUCAGUGCUGUUUGGGCACUCGUGUUGCGGGCAUAUGUUGGAAUGGACACAGUUUGCUUCGGCUUGCUGACAUCUGGAAGAGCAAUCCCGGUGCCACAAGCAGAAUCUAUCAUUGGACCUUUGAUUACUAUGAUGGUCUCGCGUGUCGAUCUGAAUGCAGAGAUGCCAAUCCUUGAAAUGAUACGCAGCAUACACAAUGGCUUUCUAAAUGGGCUAGAGCACCAGCAUACUUCUCUCGCCGCAGUACAACAAGCUUUUGAUGAGGGCAGGCAACGCGGAAAAAUGUUCAAUACUGUUGUGAACGUGCUUAAAGGUGACGUUGCAGCUGCUGAAGAAUCGUCAUCUAGCAUCAGGCUGGAAGUUAUGGACGCUAGCGGUCCAACUGAAUACGAUGCUUCCUUAGAUGUUGUACAUACAGACACAAACAUCUCUUUGAGUUUCAGCUAUUGGGCAAGCUGUCUGUCGAACGAACAAGCCAAGCUCAUGCAGCAAACCUUGUUACAUGUUCUCGAAAGCCUUGUCCAGGGAGCCUCUCGCAGAGUGGGCGACCUCGAUAUGCUAAGCGAAGCUCAUAGGUCUCAUAUUAUGCAGUGGGCUAGUGAGAUGCCUCCAACAAACGACUCUUGUGUCCAUGAGCACGUGGAGAAAAGGGUUAAGAUGCAACCUGAAGUAGACGCUAUCGUCACAUCAGAUUUGAGCAUCACAUAUGACGAAUUGGAGAGACUCUCUUCUCUUCUUGCGGCCCAUCUUGCUUUCUUAGGCGUCAAACCUGAGGUGAUGGUGCCCUUCUUCUUCGACAAAUCACCCUGGACUAUUGUGGUGAUGUACGCCAUUUUGAAAGCAGGCGGUUCUUGCGUGGCCCUAAGUCCAGAGUUUCCUGAUUCAAGAUUAACCAACAUGAUCGAGGCUACCGAGGCAACGCUUGCUAUUUGCGACUCAAAAUACGUGGAUAGGCUGCAAAAGUUAAUACCAACUACGGUACCCAUCGACACAUCAGUUUCUACACCCAGUGCUAUGAUGAGUCGCUUCGAAGCUCUUUCUAGCAAAAUUCCGUCUCAGGCAAAGCCAUACCACCCAGCUAUUAUCGCAUUCACCUCAGGCUCCACUGGAACACCCAAAGGUAUCAUCUUAACUCAUGCUUCCAUGAGCACCAGCAUGUUUGCACAUGGACCCCUAGUUCAGAUGUCUGAAUCUAGCCGUGUUCUCCAAUUCUCUUCGUACACUUUUGACGCCAGCUUGGAAGAGAUAUUUACCACCCUUGCCUUUGGAGGUACAAUUUGCGUUCCAACCGAGUACGAGAGGAUGAAUGAGUUACCUGCUUUCAUCAAGACUCACCGUGUCAAUUUCGCUGCUUUGACGCCCACUGUAGCGUCAUUACUGAAUCCAGAGGAGCUCCCACUAGAGACAGUUGACAUUGCCGGUGAGGUGGUUCCUCAAACGUUGGCUAGCAAAUGGGCGACCCAUACAAACCUGGUUGUUACGUACGGACCUGCAGAGUGUUCCAUCAUCAGCUCCGGAAUGCUUGUUGACCCGCAUCACGUCCAGAAUGGUACUCUUGGAAAGCCUGCCGGUACACUGAUGUGGAUAGUUGAUGCCAAUGACCAUAACAGGCUGGUUCCCAUUGGUUGCGCUGGAGAGAUUCUUAUAGAAGGACCUCUGCUGGCGCGUGGAUACAUCAACAAGGAUCAGACAGAGAAGUCUUUCAUAUUUGAUCCUUCCUGGACGCAAAUGUGCCCUGUCACUGGUGCUAGUGAUCGGCGUCGAUUAUACAAAACAGGUGACUUGGCCCGAUAUGAGCCUGACGGAUCCAUCAUCUACCUUGGACGAAUGGAUUCCCAAGUCAAAAUCCACGGACAACGAGUUGACUUGGGCGAGGUUGAGACAGCCCUAUCGAGUUAUGGAGUGAGCCAGUCAGCUGCAAUGGUUCCCAAGAAUGGGCAAUUUACCAAAAAGUUGGUCGUGGUAUUCUCAUUGAGCAAUGCCACCUCGGCUCCUGGACUCAUUCUUGAGGUCAUGACAGAUGACGACGUUGCAACUCACGUGGCAGAACUGCGAAAAGGCCUACAAAUCGCCCUACCCGGAUACAUGCUGCCUCGCGUAUGGGUUCCUGUUGAGGCUCUCCCCCUCAAUCCAAAUGGAAAACUUGAUCGUCGCGCGGUAGGGCAGUGGCUAGAGAUAUUGGACGAAGAAGCCUGUGAGCGCAUUCUUGCGCUUGGUAACUCUCUCAAACCGGUUUCUGAACUUACAGACGUCGAGAAACUCUUAGUCUCCGUCUGGUCAGAAGCAUUAGGCCUCCCCAAAAGCAUGAUUGAUGUUGACCAGCCCUUCUUCAGCCUUGGAGGAGACAGCGUCUCUGCCAUACGAGUGGCAUCGCAGCUCAGAUCACAGGGCAUACAUAUAGCUGUUCACGACAUUUUCCGUCAUCGUACUGUGUCGGCACUUGCGAACAUUAUUAGCAGCGAAAAUCCUGAGUUAGCAGGAGUCAUUGGCAAGAUCCAGCCCUUCCCUCUAACGCCGUCACAGCUCAUGCAGCUCAGAAGCCACGCCGGAACGACCAACACUGUUGCUCAGAAAUUAAUCGCAAAACUCAAGAGGAGAGUACAUUUCGAUGAAUUGAACGCUGCAUUCAAGACGCUUAGUGAGCGGCAUCCCAUGCUAACUGCGCACUUUGAGCGUGAUCUGAGCGGUACUUGGUCGCAAAGAUUAGUGGAUGCACCAGGAAAUCUCAUGGAGCUUGGCCAUCUGCAUGCGACAUCGCUUGAAGAGGCACAGUCACUAUUCUUGUCCAUGCAACCUGAGUUGGAUAUUGAGAAAGGCCCCCUUGUGGCGGCAAGUCUGGUCGACGUCGAAUCAGUCAACACCGAAAGCAAUCAAUUACUGAUCUUGGCCAUCCACCCUCUCAUUGCUGAUCAUGCAUCUUCACGAGUCAUAUUAAAAGAUCUGGAAAUUAUGCUAUUACAUGCACCUGCUGGCGGUGACCAAGCCUCAUUCCGAGACUGGGCUAUUGCACAGUUCAAUAACUCUCAGCGAAAGCUUUCAAACAAUACUUUUGCUGGAACAUUAGGAACAACUCAGACUAAUUUUGUUGAUUACUGGGGCAUGCAACAUCAUCCCAAUACUUACAGUGGUGUUAAAACGUCGAACGCAUUGACUGAUGCAGACACAACAUCACUUCUCCUCGGAAACGCCAACGGAACGCUGAGAACAGAGGCUGUUGAAAUAUUACUGGCUGUACUCUGCCACUCCUUCACAAACUCGUUCACUGACCGCCCUACACCGAAGGUGUUCUGUGCUAGUAAUGAUCGAGAUGGAGAAGCCGACGACAGUAACAUUUCUAGCGCUGUUGGGUGUUUCACGACCAUGUCGGCUGUAUGCGCAGAGGAGAAUCAUAAGGCAGCGCCAGCCAGCAGCGAUCUCGAAUCACAAAUGGUCCAAACCUUGAGAUGCGUCAAAGAUCAACGUCGCUUCGCCCAUCACAAUGUCACAGGUCUCGAAGAAAUGGAGGUAUUCUUGACCUAUACUGAAAGGGCGUGUCUUGAAACCGCCUUGUUCCAGGAGAUACCUUGUGCCGAAAGCAACAAUAGUUCCGAGCAGCAGACAAGAAAAGCUUUGAUCGAGGUAUCUGCAGAAGUCAUUGACGGACGAAUAAAUAUCGGAUUCCAUUAUCAUGAGAACAUGGCACGCCAAAGCGCGAUUCUUUCCUGGAUCCAAACAUUCGAAGAUCUGCUUCGAUCUUAUGUCUCGAUUCUGGCUCAAGCUUACCCUGUGCCUACACUAUCAGAUUUCCCUCUUUUAGACGUCAAAGACUAUGUGUCCCUCAACAACUUAGUAGAGCACUGCAAAUCUCAGGCACAGAUCUCUGAUAUGUCCUUGAUAGAAUCUAUCCAUCCCUGCUCACCAAUGCAAGAAGGAAUUUUGCUGAGCACUUUACGAUCAUCUAAUAUUUACGAUGGGCAAGAAUAUUGGAAGGUUCUCCCGAAAUCUCCCAGCGCAGACUUGGACCUACUCAAGCUCAAAGCAGCCUGCGAAAGCGUCAUUGCCCGCCACGAUAUACUUAGGACCCAUUUCGUUGAGGCUCACCACGGACGUUCAGCUUUCAUUCAAGUUGUUCUUCGAGCGGUGAAUCCUCCGGUUCAAUUGGCAACGUUUGACGAUUUUGAUGACUUGACGCAUCAACCACUGCCACAACUGCAUGAAACAGGCAUCCUUCCAUAUCUCUUUACGCUAUGCGAGUUGGCGACUGGUGACAUUUAUUUGCGUCUCGACAUUAGUCACGCGCUUUCUGAUGGCGUUUCAACCGGAAUUCUGAUGCGAGAUCUUCUGUUGGCCUACGAUGGUAAACUCUUGCCAGCAGGACCAUCCUACAGAAACUACAUAUCUCACCUUGAGUCUCAGUCUGGAGAACUGACACUUCAGUUUUGGCAAGACAAUCUCAAAGACGCAACACCAUGCCAUUUCCCUCUGCUGAACGAAUCCGGGGUUGGCGAUUCACCUAUUCACCGGAGCACUGAUGUGCCUCUUUCUAUUCAGCAAAAGGACCAAGUGCGAGAAUUCUGCAAGUUGCAUAGCACGACGUUGGCAAACUUUAUGUCCGCAAUCUGGGCAAUGGUUCUGCCCUGUUUUUCUGAUGCGUCUUCUGAUACGGCUACUUUUGGUUACCUGGCAUCGGGCCGCGAUAUCGCACUUCCUGGAGUUGAAGACAUCCUGGGUCCGAUGAUAACCAUGCUAAUUCGCAGCGUCAAUGUUAGCCCCGAAACCACAGUCUUAGGCCUCAUUGAAGAAAUGCAGCAGGAUUUCAUUAAAAGUUGGCCGUAUCAACACUGCUCCCUCGGUGAGAUCCACCAUGCUUUGGGACUUAGUGGAACACCCUUAUUCAACACCAUUGUCAACCUCGGCCAUGCUGGUGGCUUUAAAAAGCCCCAGGAUGUGCCAGGUGAUAUUCUGUUUGUGCCUGAAAAUGUUCAGAGCCGCAGCGAGUACGAUAUCGCUUUCAACAUCUUGGACUCUGACGAAGGCUUCUGGCUGACACUUAGUUACUGGGAUCGCUGCCUUUCUCAGGCACAGGCCACCGUCCUUUCGCACACUAUCCAGGCAGCGAUUGCAUCUGUCCUCGAAAAGCCAGAACAAUGUGUUUCUUCUGUGGAUUUGGUGGACGAUUUCCACACUCAAAUGAUGCAGUCUUGGAAUGCUGAUAUCCCUGAGCCAGUCUUUGACUGUAUCCACCUUGCCUUCGAGAGGCAGGUCAGAUUGCAACCAGAAGCUCCUGCCAUCUGCUCUAGUGAUCCGAAGAUAUCGAUCUCGUAUAAGCAGCUGGAUUCUAUGACCGAUAGACUGGCGUCCUCCCUGCGAGAGAUUGGAGUGGGGCCAGAAUCGCUUGUACCUUUCUGCAUGGAUAAAUCCCCAUUCACACCAGUGGCCAUGAUCGGGAUUCUUAAGGCUGGCGGCGCUUGCGUUGCCCUUGACCCGAAUCAGCCAAUUCAAAGGCUUCGGGGCAUCAUUGAAGCUUCAGGAGCCAAGGUGAUAUUGGUAGCGCCGCAGCACAAAGAUCUGCUUGCCGGUAUCGUUCCACAUCUCGUGCUCGUUGGGGAACAAUCUCUGAACAACCUUGAGAUUUCUGCUCAGACCCUUCAACCUCUGGCAGCAGCUUCCACAGCAAAUCACACCAACCCAGCUUUUGUUAUCUUCACUUCUGGGAGCACAGGAACUCCCAAAGGAAUUGUAGUUGAACAUGGUGCGUUUUGUUCAAGUGCUCGAUCUCACGCCCCAAUUUUGGGCCUACACAGUGGUACUAGAGUCCUGCAAUUCGCAUCUUACACGUACGAUCUGAGCAUCGCUGAGACUUUCACAACACUGAUGGUGGGCGGGUGCAUCUGCGUACCUUCUGAGUAUGAUAGAUUGAAUCGCCUGGCCGCAUCUAUCAACUCCAUGGAAGUUGAGUGGAUGUUCCUUACCCCGACUGUGGCAGCUUUGCUCCAACCCGAACAUGUUCCUACGGUGAGGACUCUUGUUCUUGGAGGAGAGCAUGCGACCCACAACAACUUCUCAACCUGGGGUGGUAGGCCGGGCAUAUGUCUCAUCAACAGUUACGGCCCAGCAGAGUGUUCAAUCUGGACAAACGCCAAUAUUGGUGUCAAGCCGACGUCAGAUGUUUCCAACCUGGGACGCCGAAUGGGCUGCUCAUUAUGGGUAGUUGACCCCCGCAAUCAUCAUCGCCUUUUCCCAAUGUACGCCCGAGGCGAACUGGUCAUUGGUGGGCCAACUCUGGCAAGAGGCUAUCUUCACGACCCAGUCAAGACAGACGCAGCUUUUAUUCAACCGCCAGCCUGGUACACCGAUGACAGCGGCACAGAGCAACGACUUUACAAGUCGGGUGAUCUUGUAUAUUAUAAUCUGGAUGGAUCUCUGUCUAUCCAAGGCCGCAAGGAUACCCAGGUCAAAGUUCACGGACACCGAAUUGAACUUGACGAUAUCAAUCAUAAUAUGGCUCGUAUCCCGCUAAUUGAACAUGCAGUGGCUCAACUGCCGCGUUCAGGGCCACUGGAAGGUCGUCUGGUUGCAGUGGCAUCAUUGAAAGAAGACAGACCUCUGGCCAGCUCCCCUCAGCAAAUCCUCAAGAUUAUCAGCGACUCUGGCCACAUGCCGCAUGUAGCCACCAAGCUUGGACAGAUCAGAUCCGAGUUAGAAAAGCAGCUGCCUAAGCAUAUGUUGCCGACCGUGUGGGUUAUUGUUCAGAAGAUGCCUUUGCUCUCCUCUGGCAAGCUGGACAAGCGCACCGUCAAGUCCUGGUUGGAUUCGAUGGACGAAGAGGGUUUCAGCCAAAUAAAAGCAAUGUCAACUUCGGAUGCAGUGUCACAAUUAUCACCACCCGAAAAUGACGUCGAAUUUCUUUUGCAAAAGGUCUGGUCCGAGGUAUUGAAGUGCGAACCUUCAACUAUUGGUAUGACUGUCAGUUUCCUCAGCUUGGGAGGCGAUUCUAUUUCCGCAAUGCAGGCGGUUUCCAAGGCUCGCGCCGCUGGCAUGAACAUUUUUGUUCAGGAUAUCUUCAGACUAAAGACAAUCCGAAAACUGGCCGAACGAGCUAGUAUGGCAGGAAUAGUUGACGAACCCAUCGCUACGCCUGGCCGUUUUGGACUCUUGCCAGCCAAGGGACAACAACAACUUACCCGACUUGUGAAUGAAUGCGUAUCAACUUUACAUCUCGAUAAAACGGGCGCUAGUAUCGAAGAUAUCUUUCCCUGUUCUCCUAUGCAAGAAGGUAUCUUGAUUAGCCAGGCUAGGUCACCAGAUCGCUACCAUGUUAGAGCUUUGUUCGAGGUCCUUGUCCAGUCUACGGAAUCAGUCGACGUGGACAGACUUGAACAAGCCUGGAUUAAGGUGGCUCAGAGGCAUCAGGCAUUGCGAUCUGUAUUUUUAGAGGAGGCUCUUGGUGGAGAGAACAUGCUUCAAGUUGUGUUGGACCGAGUUACCGUCCCAGUACUGAAGCUGGAAUGCGAAAAGCUCGAAGAUUUCACCGAAUCCACCGAGGUGAACCAAUAUGCCAAGGAUGGACCUCCCUACCGCUUUUCCAUCUGCAGACUACCAUCCGGAGUGGUAUAUUGCCACUUAUCCAUGACUCACGCUUUGGAUGAUGGUUCUUCAAUGAGAGCUCUGCUGAGGGAUGUUUGUCUCGCUUACGACGACUUGCUCCCAUCGAGUGAUCCACCACUUUACAGCAAUUUUAUUUCAUAUAUUCAGCGGCAGUCUAAAGAUGCCGGCCUCAAGUUUUGGCAAUCGUAUCUUAGUGGGGUUGCAACCUCUCACUUUCCGGCAUUGACGACGCGUGCCUCAGCUGAUCCAACUGAGGAUGGCAUCGUCGAGCGAUGGAUCGAAGGAGACAAGGCAAGCUCUCUCCUUCGAUUAUGCGAAGAGCACGACAUUACGAUUGCAGAUGUUUUCAAGACCGUUUGGGCCGUCGUUUUGCGCUCUUUUGUCGGCGCCGAUUCUGUUUGCUUCGGAUACCUUGCUUCAGGCCGCGAUGCCCCCAUUAAAGACGUUCACAACAUUAUGGGACCUCUUAUUAAUAUGCUGGUAUUCUAUGCCCAUGUUGAUAAAUCGAAAUCUCUCAUUGAACUUUGUAAAGAAGCAAAUGACUCGUAUCUCCAGGCACUACCACAUCAGCAUUGCUCGCUCAAGGAGAUUUUACAUACUGUUCGGGGACCUGGACAAUCUGCUGCUCUUUUCAAUACGGUUGUCAACGUGCAGAAGGGAGUAACUGCAUUCUUUGCCGAUGAGCAAGACUCAACAGCUCAUCGGACUAUCGAUCUUCGGAGUCGAAUUUUCCAUGACCCUACCGAGUAUGAAUUAAGCAUUGACGUUCAAAACUUUGAGAGUUCAAUUGCUAUCCUCAUGAACUACUGGACGUCCUUGCUGUCGACAGACCAAGCCAAUCGGCUGGUCGAUCUUGUUCUUGACGUUGUUGAAAGUCUUCUAGCCAACCCAAUGCAGACUGUCGGACAACUUGAGCUAUGCACCAGUAGUGAUGCAUCUCUUUUGCAUAGCUGGAACAAUGCUCCACUGGUUGGAGAGGAGCGUUGUCUUCAUGAAGUUAUCGAAGAGCAAGUUGCUUCUAAACCCGAGGCCGUUGCUGUGGUCUCUGAUUCAGGCUCGCUUACGUUUCAGGAACUGGAUGGCAUGGCUAACAAGCUUGCGCAUCACCUUAAACAGCUAGGAGCAGGCCCCGAAAUUAUUAUCCCUUGCUGCUUUGAGAAGUCUAUCUGGGCAAUUGUUGCCAUGUUGGGUGUGUUGAAGGCGGGUGCUGCAUGCGCCGCUCUCGAUCCAGCUCAUCCCCUAGAGCGACUACAAACAAUUUUGAAGGAUACUGAGGCGCCAUUUGUCCUCUCAUCUUCAUCUCAAACUGCUCUCGUGGCACAAACUGGUCUACAAGCGGUUGUCGUCACAGAGGAGACACUCAACAAGCUCCCUCCUUGUACCUCCGCUCCCAGCACUGGUGUCAAACCUGAUAACAAAGCAUUUAUUGUCUACACUUCCGGAAGUACCGGAACUCCCAAGGGUGCUAUACUUGAACAUCGUAACCUAUACGCAUCCUCUAGAGGAUUUGGUACGUUUGGAAUGAACAGCGAAUCCCGAGUCGCCCAUUUCUCUUCCUAUGCUUUCGAUGUUAGCAUCGGAGAGACGAUGCUCGCUCUUACACACGGCGCAUGUGUGUGCAUUAUAUCAGAGGAGGAUCGUCUUGGAGAUCUCACAGCAGCAUUGAACAGACUCCAAGCGACAUUUACACAGCUGACCCCAACUGUGGUGCGCACCUUGGAGCCGAGCGAACUGCCGUAUAUACAAACGGUUGUGACAGCUGGUGAGCUUCUGACAGACGACAUUAUCAACAAAUGGACCAACAAAGUUCGACUAUUCAACUCAUAUGGCCCCUGUGAGUGCGCGAUCAAUUCGACCGGGAGCGAUUUGCUCAAGGCUGGUGCUCGGGGCGCUGUAAUCGGAAAGCCUCUACAGUCGAGACUCUGGAUUGUCGAUCCCGAAAACGACCAACAGCUGGUUCCCCCCGGAGCCGUUGGUGAACUGGUGGUCAAUGGACCAAUUGUGGGACGUGGUUAUCUAAACAAUCCCGAUAGGACGAAAGCCGCUUUCAUGGAAAUGCCACGAUGGGCUACCGCCCCCUCGAACGCUGGCAGAUUCUAUAAGACGGGAGACCUGGCUCGUUGGACUUCUGACGGUAACAUACACUAUUUGGGACGCAAGGAUGUCCAGGUCAAGAUUCAUGGACAGAGGAUUGAGUUGGGCGAAGUGGAAUAUCGCAUCGCAGAGAAAGCAGGAGCCACUUUCAAAGCUGUUGUGGCGGCCGUCCCCAGUGGCGGCAGACUGAAGCAGCGACUGGUAGCCCUUAUGUCUCUUGGCGAUCAGAAGUUGCAUCAAGGAGGUGGAGUUUCUGUUGUUGACGAUGUUGACCUUAAAGCGAGAUCAUUGGCAGAAAUUGCUGAUAUUAUUGAAUCGGUGAAGAAGAGUUUGCCACGGCACAUGGUUCCCAAUAUUUGGGUACCAGUACAUGAUGUGCCCAAACUACCUUCUGGCAAGACCAAUCGUCGCUUCAUCAACCAAUGGCUGGAUGAGAUGGACGAACAGCUGUACGCAGACUUGACUAUGUCGUUCCAGACCAGAGUUGUUCCGCCAAAGUCUGACAUGGAAGCAAUGCUUCAACGAAUUUGGGGAGAUAUCCUUCAUCUCGAUGCGGCGAGCAUCAGUACCGACCAGAGUUUCUUCUCGCUCGCUGGCGACUCUGUGCUGGCUAUGCAGCUCAUGGCUCGCUGUCGUGCUGAAGGUGUGACAGUGAAAGUGCGAGAUAUCUUCCAGUACACAACAAUUGCAUCCCUGGCACCUCGUUGUACUCGUGAUGUGGGCGGAAUAAACCCCAUAUUAGAUGAUUAUAUGCCACAAACAACUCUCAUCGAAGCUGAGCAUGGAGACCUCGACUUUGAUGACAUGUCAAACAUCGAAGCUGUCUACCCUUCCUCACCUAUGCAGAGCAGCAUUCUCACAAUCCAAGAAACACAAAAGAAUGCAUGGUUUGCAAGCUUCAUAGUAGAGGCCAUACUGCCAUCUGAAUAUAAAUCGACUCAAAUGGAAGACCUCGCGAUGGGGUGGCAAAUGGUGGUUGAUCGUCACGCCGUACUUCGCACCGCUUUCAGAGCUGGAAAGCAGACCGGUCGGCAAUAUCAAAUCGUGCUGAAAGAGUUCACAGCCCCCGUUUCCUAUGUUACGGAUGCUUUGUCAAUUGAUCCUGCAUCUAUUUUCAAUGUUUCACCCGAUAUCCCUGACUACGGACUGCCACCACAUCGCAUGGUUCUUGCGGAGACCAUGGCGGAGAAACGUGUCUUCAUUCAGCUCCAGAUCAGCCACGCAUUGUAUGACGCUGUGGGUAUAUCAGUACUAUGGCACGAUUUCCAGAUGGCAUACUCAAGUCUUCGAGGAGACGGCGUUGCUUUGGACAGCAUGCCUGCUUCUCCUUAUCGCGCCUUCAUUUCCUACAUUGAAGGUCUGCCCAAGCCAAGCGCUCUCGGAUUCUGGAAGAAUCACUUGGACGGUACUUCACCCUGCUUUUUCCCAUCCCUGCCCAAUGCACGAUCAAAUAAUGGCAUCGAUAUGACAAGCGCAUCAUCUGCCUCGAAUCCUCCUCUUCAUGGGUCAUUUAACAGCAUCGCUGUCCCAAUCAACCGGACCAGUAAGAUUCGCGCAUUUUGCAAAGAGCAGGCCGCUACAACUGCCAAUCUAUUCCAAGCUGCUUGGUCUAUUGUACUCCGCCAUUUUACCAAGUCUGACGACGUGAAUUUUGGAUUCAUGCUCUCCGGACGCGAUGCACCGCUGCCUGAAGUCGAUACAAUCCUGGGCCCCCUAAUCAAUCUUCUACCGUGUACGGUCAAAGCUAGCGGCCACCAGACACUGCAAUCUAUGUUACGGGCUUUGCAGUCUAACUAUGCUGAAACCUUGAUGAGCCAAAAUUGCUCUCUAGAAGAAAUCCGCGCAGCCGUUGGGAUUGACGGGCCAUUAUAUAACACAUUUCUGAAUAUGCAACGUGUGACCAAACAAUCGCCUUGCUCUCAGAGUAGUGUCCAAUUCAAUGAAGUUGAUGCGUUUAUGACAGACGAGUAUGCAAUCUCCGUUUACGUUUCGGAUGUCGGUGAUGACAUUUUCAUGGAAUUGUCAUAUUGGACAUCGGUUCUCACGGAUGAAGAUGCCCAGAUGAUAGGCCAAGCUAUACUUCGCGCACUAGAUCUGUUAUUCGCUGCCGAUUCAACGGAUAUUCCGUUGGAUCUUAACUUGUGA